AUGUCCUCUUCAGGCAUCGAAACUGCAUAUCGUAUAUCAAAUGAUCUCUAUAACCUGAGGAUUCAACGGUUAGAAACCAUUAUCUUUGAAAUUUCCGAUGUUAUCACUACAGCCAUUGAGGAUCAUUUUCAAGAAACAGUACUAGAACAACAAAAAUACCCCGAUUUUGAUGAACAAAAAUUUUAUGAUAAAGAACAGAUUUUAGAUAAUGAACUUGGUCUUGUAGGCUCUUAUUCUACUUUUGGUGAAAAUAGAUUCAUAGAAAUGGUUUCUCUAUGUCAUUCGUUAACUUCCAUGAAACUAUAUUCGAAAUUAGAAUCAUCAACUUCAAAGGAUACAAAGGACAAAUUCGAAUUAGUAAAUCAAAGUAAAUUGAUUACAAAAUUUAUUAAAUUUAUUGAUGAAAAGGUGGAUUUCUUAAUAGAAAGAUCAAUAGACUUAUAUAUAGAUCCAAUCGAAGAUGUGUCUUCUCAAGAAUUAUCUAUGUUUUGGCAACCAAUCAUUAAAACUUUUAGGUCUAUCAUUAGAUCCACUCUACCUGUUUUCCAAUACGUUAAAAUAAAUUAUCCAAGAUAUGCUAAAAAUAUCCCCAAUAAUUUAACGGUACCUCAAUAUUUAGAGAAGCGAUUGAUUAUAUAUUUAGAAGAAAAUAUUGGUUCUCAAAGGAUGGAAUUCUUUAUUGGUGAUUAUUGGAUCUAUCUUUGGACUAAAAAAAAAAUUAAAUUUGAAAAAAAAUUAAAAUUAAGCUUAAUAAAUUGUCUGUAUAAUAUCAAUUAUACUUUACAAGAUUCAAGUAGUAAAUCAGUAGAUGAGAUUAUGUCAGAACGUUUGCAAAAAUAUUUGAUUGAAGAUUUUAAGUUACCUGUUAAUGAAAAUUAUUUACAAUCAGUGAAAAAAUAUUUCCAACGAAAUUCAUACCUGUGUAUGUCUGUUUCAUUAGAUUUAGUGGUAAAGAUGAAUGAUGUUAUGGUUGAAAAUACAAUUAUGAAUCCAACAGUAUUUCGUCAAUAUUUUAAAAGUUUAUGUGAUUCAUUAAAAGUUAAUGAGGAAAAAUCCAUUCAUCUUCAUAAUGAACGUGAUACACAAUUGAAUCUUUUAGAUGUGAGAAGAGCUUUCAAGAGUAGACAUAAAAUGCCCCUUUUUAACGAUUUGUUAGUCUCCAAUAUUUCCUCUUAUUUAAAUGAAGGCCAUUCCAAAUAUAUGAGAACAAAAGAUCCUUUCUAUUUCCUGCAAUCAAUCAUUUUAUUAUUUAUUAUUACCCGUUUAUUCAAUGAUGUAGAUAAAAUGAUUUUUAAUAACGUUCAUUCAAUUAUGGGGGGCACUAUAAAAUUUUAUGAAUUUAUUGUUCGUUUAUUUGAUGUUUCAAUAAAAAAAAUUAUGACAAACUCUUUAUCGGCUUCAGAUUAUUCUGAUAACCUUUUCCUAAUAGAUUAUCUUCUUAGAUAUAUACCAUUGGAAUUAACCAUUUUAAAAAUUCAUGCAUCUUUCAUCUUUAGAAAACUAAUUAUUGAAGGUCCUGAAAAAGUAGAAAUGAUGUUUAAACUCCCAUUUAUGCAUUCUAUUUGGAAAGCCUUAGAGGCACAAUUCAAAACUACACCAGAAUAUCAGGAAUACAAUUCUUUAUUACAAACUAUUCAGCAUACCACAAAUAUUUCUCUUGCAUAUAAUUCAAAUAAUAUGGAUAUCGACUCUGAACUACUCACUUCCAUCUCACCAUUAUUUUUAGAAAAAUUGAAAGUACCAGUUUCAUUAUAUUCUCAAGAUGAUGAAAAUCCAAUAUUACCAGCAUCCUUGGAUGAACAAAUAUCUGGAUUAGAGUCAUAUUUCCGAUCCUCUAAUAAACAUGAUACACAAAUUGAAGUCAAACAAGCAUAUCAUCUUCAUAGUUGUGAAGUAACUUCACCAUUCAUCUUAGGAAAUGGUAAUCAUUUAAUAUUCCAAUUAAAUUUAUUUCAAACUUGUGUUUUAAAUUUAUUUAAUGAUUAUUAUACUUUAUCCUACGAUACAAUUGCCAAGAAGACAAAUUUAUCUUCAGAAAGUUUAGAUCCAACAUUAACAUCUUUCCUUCAAAUAGGACUUUUAAAGAAAGAUCGAACUAAUAACUUUUCAAUAAAUAAAAAAUUCCAUCCUGAUAAGAAAAGAAUUAAAAAUGGGAAAUUAAGAAUUAGUGUAGCUCCAUCGAGAAAGCAACAAUAUACAAAUCUAAGCAGUGCAGGAACUGAAAAUAGAGAGGGAAACGUUUCCAUGUGGCAACAAGAAUUAUUAAAAGCUUGUAUCACCAGAGAAGUAAAGGCUAGUGGAAAUGGUUUGAACAUGGAAGUUUUACAAGAGAAGGUUUCCACUUCUAUUCAAGGUUUUAGUGUUGGUGAGUUCAAAGAUGCUCUCAAUAAAGUUGUUUCGGAUGGUAUUAUUUUACAGAAGAAUGUAAAUUUUUAUUUUUGA